AUGUCAGGGCGCACGGUGCGGGCCGAGACCCGCAGUCGGGCCAAGGAUGACAUCAAGAAGGUGAUGGCGGCCAUUGAGAAAGUGCGCAGAUGGGAGAAGCGCUGGGUGACCGUGGGCGACACGUCUCUGAGGAUCUACAAGUGGGUGCCCAUUGUGGACCCCCGGGAUGAGGAGAAGCGGCGCCUGGCCGGCAGCGGGGAGAGGCACAAGGGCCGGGAGAGGAGGGGGCGCGUGCCCAGCCCCCGGGCCAACCCUGCCCUCCUCAUGCUGGACCUGAACGAUGAGAACAGCAACCAGAGCUCGCUGUCUGAGACCUCCCUGGCCAAGGGGGGAGACACCAGCUCCAGCCCCACCCCCGACCGCAGCCAGACGGCAACCCCCACCCCGCUGGGGGAACUGAAGGCGGAGGACUCGCAGCCCCCCAUGCUGGGGCAGGAAGGGGACUCUGGGGUGCUGCUGCUUGAGGGGACGGAUGAGCCCCCCAUGCUGACCAAGGAGGACCCUGUUCCAGGCCUACUGGAGUCACAGGGGCAAGAGGAUGCACCCCCCUUUGAGACGGCCCCAACUUUCCCGCAGCCGGUGCUGGAAGAAGAGGAUGAUGAGUCCAUGGGGGCACCUCCCCUGAAGCGCAUCUGCCCCGAGGAGCAGGAAAUGGGUGUCCCCCACUCUCCAUAGACCUAGCCUCCUCCCUGCCCUCUCCCCGGCGUUGUGCCGCACUGGAGAGCAUGGGGGGCAGAGGGGGAGCUGGGUGGGAGGUGAAUCAUGCUUGCCAAAUGCACAAGGACCAAAGACACUUUGAAGAGGAUGUUGGCGUUGGGUCAGGACUCCUCGGAGGGGAGUGGAGGCUGGGGGGUUAGAGCAGGGGGGAUGGGAGCCAGGACUCCUGGGUUCUCUCCCCAGCUCUGAGAGGAGAGUGGGGUCUAGUGGUUAGAGCAGGGGGAAUGGGAGUCAGGACUCCUGGGCUCUCUCCUUUGUGGGAGGAGAUGGGACAUGGGUAGGGAAAGAUGGGCAGCAUCCCCUGAUGCCAGACUCUGAGGGGGCCUGGGUGGAUUUUACAUUCUCGGUGUAUAUACGUAUUUUUUUGGUCUGAACAAUAGACUUUGCUAUUA